AUGGCGAGGACAUUAGAGGAAAUUAGAGGACAUCCUGCUGUUCCUCUCAGUGUCCGUCAGAGGCUGCAGUGCAGGUACCCUGGCCACACAGCAGUGACCCAUCCUAAGAUGUUCCUGAAGGAAAAUGUCUGUGAUUCUUCCCUCCAUUCAAUGCCUAGAAGCUGCAAAGAAAUCAAAGACAGUUGCCAUGCAGCAACUGAUGGCCUGUAUUACCUGCGCACGGAGAAUGGUGUCGUCUACCAGACCUUCUGUGACAUGACCUCGGGGGGUGGUGGUUGGACCCUGGUGGCCAGUGUGCAUGAGAACAGUGUACAAGGGAAGUGCACAGUGGGAGAUCGCUGGUCCAGUCAGCAGGGCAACAGAGCAGACUACCCAGAAGGGGAGGGCAACUGGGCCAAUUACAACACCUUUGGUUCUGCAGAGGGAGCCACGAGCGACGACUACAAGAACCCUGGUUACUAUGACAUCCAGGCACGGGACCUGGGCAUCUGGCAUGUGCCCAACAAGACCCCACUGCAUGAAUGGAGGAACAGCUCCCUCCUGAGGUACCACACAUACAGUAGCUUCUUCUCCAGUCUGGGCCACAACCUAUUUGGCCUCUACCAGAAAUACCCAGUGAAAUAUGGAAUAGGGAAAUGUUGGACUGACAAUGGCCCUGCAGUUCCUGUGGCCUAUGACUUUGGUGAUCCUCAGAAAACAGCAUCUUAUUACUCACCAUACGGUCAGGGUGAAUUUGUUGCAGGAUUUGUCCAGUUCAGGGUGUUUAAUAAUGAGAGAGCCGCUAAUGCCCUGUGUGCUGGAAUGAGAGUUACUGGCUGCAACACUGAGUUUCACUGUAUUGGAGGAGGAGGAUACUUCCCAGAGGGCAAUCCGUUGCAGUGUGGGGAUUUCUCAGCCUUUGAUUGGAAUGGAUUUGGAACCCACAUAGGCUACAGCUCCAGCCGGGAGAUAACGGAGGCAGCUGUGCUCCUGUUCUAUAGAUGA